AUGACAGGAACUUCCCAGGGAGAUCUAGGCUUUGAAGGGAUCCUCCAGAUCCUAAGUGGGAUCCCAGCGGAGAGGCUAAUUCAAUAUAGGCACAAGCUGAGCUGCUCGCACCAAGACAGGAAGAGCUGCCAUCUCCUGCACGUCCUGAUCCUGUGGUCCUUGGGGAGAGAAGAUGAGGCCAGGGUGUAUCUCAACAGCUUCAGAGAUGACGUGGUGGCCCACCAUCUCUCCCAAGGCUUCUGGGGCACGGGUGGAGCAAAGAAGACAACCCCAGAGCAACUGAAGGACCAUGCCAAGGUGGCCCGGGCCGUGGCGGAGAUCUAUUCGCUCUUGGUCGAGGAGAAGCUCUGUGAAGCCCUGGCCAGAGACGAGGCCUACAGAACCGCUAUCCAAGCCUUUAGAGCCAGUCACAUGGAAGGAGCCCAACUCAAAGGUCUCCUGGAUGAAGCUAUGGAGACGUGUGGACUGCCGUUUCUCUCAACCGUGCCCAGGAAUAAUUCUGGAGCUCUGGCCUCAGGUAGGUGGGAGUUGACUCCGCCCAGAAGGAGCAGUCCGGUGUCCAUCGACAGCUCUUCUCCUCCUGAUAACCCUCAGCCGUUACGUUCUACAGGUAGCCCCAUCUCCUACAUCAGCAACCUUCAGAUCAAUCUUGCCUCUCCUAGCUCAGAACCUUCUUCAGUGGUCCCACCAGAUGAUGAAAGACAGUUCUACACCUUUGUGGUACUGCAUGCCGCAGAAGAUGAGCUGGUGGCUUGCCGGGUGAAGGAACGCUUGGAGGCCCUGGGUGUCUCCAACGGGGCCACCUUCAGCGAAGAUUUCCUCGUCCCCGGCUGUGGCCAACUCAACUGUUUCCAGAACGCCUUGGACAACUCGGCCUUCACGCUCGUGCUCCUGACCAAGAACUUCACGGGCCGCCUCUGUGAUUAUCAACGCGACACGGCCUUGAUGGACUCCCUCACCCGCUGCUGCAAGAGGAACUCAGUCAUUCCGUUGGUGCCCAAAGAACACGCUUUAAAAUCCGGGGUAAUGCCCCUCCUGCUCGCGUCGUUGGUGCCCUUGGUUGAAAAAUCUCCUGUGUUUGACAAAAGGGUGAAGAAGACCUUCACUUCCAGGGUGAUCCAGGAGAAAAAAGCUACCUGGGACUUCAUGAGACAGAUCCAGGAAAGAGAGGAGGAGAGAGAACGAGAGCGAGAAAACCUGAGGCUACAACAACGUCUCGCUGUUCUCAACCUUCAACCAUCACCAGCUCUACCAUCGGUGGUGGACUUUUCAAGACCACCAACAUCCUUUAUGGAACCAGGGCCCGAUCAGGCUUCCUUCUCCCAACCAUUCAUGUUCUCGGUGGGUUCUCCAAACGCAAUGCCGGGUCCCCAACUCAUCAUUCAGAAUGCCCAAAUGAUUCAGAUCGGCGAUUAUAACCGCAUGCAGGUGGAAAGAAGCGACGCAGCGGUGGGCACGGCCAAUGAGACCACUAAGGGGCCACCCUUGGAGGAAGGAGAGGACAACCCUGGAGAACAAAAAUGA